GGAGGCGGCGAGCGCGGCGCGGGGGCGGGCGCGGGGCCUGGAGGGGAGCGGGACCGGAGCCGGCACCGAGGCCACCCCAGCAGAAACUCAAGCAAAUGCUUCAGCUCCUCAUUCCUGCCUGUUACCGCACCAGGGUGGCUAUGACUCAACCCAGCUUCCAGGACUGAGGGGCAGAGGUGGUGAGAGACCUGUCUCGGGGUGAGGCCUCACGACGGCACCAAUGGAGAGUAUGUACUCAGUGGAACCAGCACCUGAUGGUGCCAGCCCCACCUCGCUGGACGUGCUCAGCUUCAUGGAUGCCCUGGUGAACAGCACAGAGGAACAAUGCUUCAGUGUGCGCUCCCGCAGCACCGUCCUGGAAGGGCUGCCAUUCGGCGGCGUGCCUACCGUGCUUGCCAUCAACUUCAUCCUCUGGCUGUUUCUCCUCCUGGUCUUCUCCUGCCUUCGGAAAGCGGCUUGGGAUUACGGGCGCCUGGCACUGCUGAUGGACAAUGAUAGUUUGACGUCACUUUUCUACGGAGAGCAGAGUGAGAAGGAGAAGUCCCCAUCGGAGAGCAGCCCCCUGGACAUCGACAACAAGGACGUGGGUUUCUGCUCCUGGCUCAUUUCUAUCUACCAGAUGAAGGACGAGGAGAUUCAGAGCAAGUGUGGGAUCGAUGCCACCACCUACCUCUCCUUCCAGCGGCACCUCCUGGUCCUGCUGAUGCUGGUCUGUGUGCUCUCUGUGGCCGUCAUCCUGCCCGUCAACUUCUCGGGGGACCUCCUGGGACACAAUCCCACCCACUUUGGCAGGACAACCAUCGCCAACAUCCCAACACAGGACCAUCUCCUGUGGCUGCACAGUAUCUUUGCCCUCAUCUAUUUCAUCCUCACCAUCCUCUGCAUGGCUCACCACUCCGUCCACCUUGAAUACAGAGAGAAUGAGAAGGUCGCCUGGACACUGAUGGUUACCAACAUCCCAAAGGAGAUCACAGACACUUCACUUAUCAUCAAGCAUUUCCAUGAGGCUUAUCCCAGCUGCACCGUCACCAAUGUCCAGUUCUGCUUUGAUGUGCGCAAGCUGAUGAAGCUGGAUGCAGAGAGGCGCAAGGCAAUGAAGGGACGGCUUUACUUCACUACCAAGGCACAGAAAGAGGGGAAGAUCAUGAUCAAAACCCACCCCUGUGCCCGCAUCUUCUGCUGCCGCUUCUGUGGCUUUGAGCAGGUGGAUGCUGAGCAGUACUAUGGGGAGCUGGAGGAGAAGCUCACGGAUGAGUUCAAUGCUGAGCGCAACCGCAUCGCGCUCAAGCGACUCGACAUGGCCUUUGUCACCUUCCAGGAUGAGCGGAUGACAGCUGUGAUUUUGAAGGACUACAGCCACAUCCGGUGCCGCAAGUACCCCCAGCAGUCCUCUGUCACCACCGUGGUCAAGUCACACCACUGGGGAGUUCGCUAUGCCCCUGCACCUGGAGAUAUUAUCUGGGAGAAUUUAUCAGUCCGUGGCACAUCUUGGUGGGUAAGAUUCAUCCUCCUUAAUAUCUGCCUCUUCGUCCUUCUCUUCUUCCUCACCACGCCAGCCAUCAUCGUCAACACCAUGGACAUGUUCAACGUCACACAGCCUGUGGAGAGCCUCAAGAACCCCAUCAUCACCCAGUUCUUCCCCACACUGCUGCUCUGGGCCUUUUCCGUCUUCCUGCCAUUCCUCGUCUACUACUCAGCAUUCUUCGAGUCGCACUGGACAAGGUCAAGUGAAAAUCAGCUCACCAUGCACAAGUGCUUCUUCUUCCUGGUGUUCAUGGUCAUCAUCCUGCCCUCACUGGGGCUGAGCAGCCUGGACCUUUUUUUCCGCUGGCUCUUCGACACCCACUUUCUGGACGAGGCCAAUAUCAAGUUCCAGUGUGUUUUCCUCCCGGACAACGGCGCUUUCUUCGUCAACUAUGUGGUCACCUCCAGCCUGAUUGGGACAGCCAUGGAGCUGCUGCGCAUCCCAGGCCUCCUUGUCUACACUGCCCGCCUCUGCUUUGCCAAGUCUGAGCCUGAGCGGCUCCAUGUCAAGCGGAGCCAAGCCUACCAGUUCCAGUUUGGACUGGAGUACGCCUGGACCUGCUGCAUCUUCUCUGUCGUCAUGACCUACAGCAUCACCUGCCCCAUCAUCGUCCCCUUCGGGUUGCUCUACAUGCUGCUUAAGCACAUGGUUGACCGGUACAACAUUUACUACGUGUACAUCCCCACCAAGCUGAACCAGCGCCUCCACGUUGCUGCCAUCAGCCAGGUUGUGGUGGCCCCCAUCCUCUGCAUGUUCUGGCUGCUCUUCUUCUCCAUCCUGCGCCUUGGUCCCACCCGACCUGUCACCCUCUUCACCUUUGUGGUCCUCCUCUCCUGCAUUGUCUUCUCCUUCUUUGGCCUCUGCUUGAAGAAGCUGCAGCCGCGGAAACCCUCCAGCUACCAGAUGUCCGACCAGUCUGAGAGCACCUUCAACGACAUGGAGCGGAGCAGUGUUUCCUCCACCCCCAACUCUAAUCUCUUUGUGGCCACCGUCCUGCAGGAGCCUGAGCUGAGUCUGACGCCGGCAGCCUCCCCGGCUCACCAGUCCUAUGGCACCAUGGGCAACCACUUGGAGCCAGCAGAGGAUGGGGAGGAUGGGGGGCUGCAGAGCUUCGAGACAGAGCUGGAGACAGUGGAGGGCGAGUACAGGAGCGGUCACAUGAUGGAGAGCCAGGCCCGCUACCAGUGAGCAUCCCUGCUACCGGGGCAAGGGCCAGCCGUGCCGAGAGUGGAGGAUGUGCUGGGGGGCAGGAAGGAGUCUUCCCAGCACUGGUGGGGGCCACCUUGCUGACAAGGUGGGGGGAUGACAGGACUGAUGUGAGGGGGAGACCCCAUUGCAUGGGACGUGGCGGGAGGCUCUGCCAGUCCCUCCUGCUGCCUGGACUGGCUCAGGCCCCACCCCCCCCAAACCCUCCCUGCCCCCACCUGCCUCGCCCAGCCCGUUGUAUGGAAGAGGGAGUGCAGCGGUGUGGGGAAACGGUCUCUCUGAGAGGCCAUGCUUUUGGGGGUCAGGAGGGAGGCCCUGGCCCCUCUGUGAGGGGGUAAGUAGCCCAGACAGCUCAGAUGAAUGUGCUUCCUGCCACACUGUCCCGAAGGUCUUCAGUGGCAGGGGAUGGCCACCCCUAACCCUUGCUUUCCACCCUGCCCACCCAUUGCCCAUGGUGGCCAUGCUGCGGCCUCCCCGAUGCCAGCCAUGCCUACACUUGCCCACCCCUGCUGCCACCUCCACACUUUGCCCAUUAAAGCAAGGCCUGCUGAGAUGCGUGUGCUUUGGUGGAGGAGGAGGAGGAGGCAAGUGCCUGGGACUCCCCCACAUAUGCGUGAGCACCAGUGACCCUAUGCAGAGGCAGGCAUUAAAAUGCAAGCCCAGGUCUUCCCCAUCCUCCCACCCCAUCCCUCCGCUGCCACUGCAUCAUGCCUGUGCCCUUGGGUCCUAGGUGUGGUCAAGGGACAAGUGUAUUUAAUGGCAGUGAGGGCAGCACCUUGUCAUCAUACUCCCCCACCCCCAGCAGCAUCCUCCUCAUGCUUAUGGUCUCCCUGGGACUGGCCAGGCAUGGGACCCCACAUGGCUCUAUCCUGUUGCAACAGAAAUGGGCGGGGGCUGGCAGGACCCUGGCCUCUAGGUCCCGGUCCACCACAUCCUGCCCUUGCCCACAAGCCACAGCCAUGGGAUGCUCCCCCAGCAGUUCCACCACCUCUUGAGUGUGAGUCCUGCUGUGGUCAGUGUAAAUGUGCUAGCUCCUGCCUGGGCAGCAUCGCUGGGGGUUUCCAGCUCAUCUGCAGGAGCUGUGGAGGCCCCUAAGGACAAGGGCAAAUCCUCACCCUACUCAGCCCCUCUCCCACCAGGCUAGCCUGCCUGGGCAUUUUGCCUCCUCGCUCAGCCCUGCUUUGGCCUCGGGGUUGAUUUUCCUGCUCCUGAUUUUCCUGUUGGCUUCAGAGCAGUUCUAGCCACCAUCCCAGGGCUGUGCAGGGAGGGAAGGGAUGACAAUGCAGCUCUGCCGGCACCGGGGCUGCUGCCAUGAGGAAUUCUGCUGCGCAAAGACAGAUGCUUGGAGAUGGCACCGCUCAGCAUUACUGGUGCCACUUGCGGGGAGGGGGGAGGGCAUGGUGUGACAGUUCUGGGGAGAGGGGAAGGGUGGUUAAAAGGCAGCAGACCAGCAGUGAGCUGUGGGUCUUUGUUGGACUCAAGUGGGCCCUGGGACAUCCCUGUGGGGCUGGUGGGUUUCAGCUCAGCCAGCUGGGAGCUCUGUGGCCCCCAUCCCACGCACGCGCCUGCAUGCUGGGACAAUGGCUGCAGCACACAAGGCACUGAGCGGUUGCCUUGGGGGAGCCUUGACCUCAACUGCUCCCUCCCAACCCCAAAAAAGACCCUGGGGGGGCUUGUGGCUUUCUGCCCAGGUGCCCCUGGGGCUGCUUGCAGCUCAGGUGCUGCCCUCACUGCCUGCUCUGAGGGCAGCCCUGGCCAGAGCUGGGGGGAUACUGGUGGCCUCUCUCUAGGUGGAAGCAAGUGCCUGCAAGUGGCACCGCAUCCUUGGGACCUCGGGCUGCCCCGCUGUAGGAAUGUGCCAGAGGUCUGUACCUUCUUGUGAUUUAUUGCUAUGAUCGUGCCUUGAAUAAAAUGACU